AUGCCAAUAGGAGACGACGGGAUGAUUAUAGUCCGCUUGACCUACUCCCUGGUGAAUCCCCAGUCCCGCUCCGAAACGCUGGGCUCAGAGGCAGACAUUCCGUCUAUCAUCCACUCCACUCCUCGGACGGGGGAGUCGCUACCCACGGGUUAUUUGGGCCCUACAAGCUUUGUACUUGGACCGGAAGAUGAUGGCGACUUGAUUUCUAAUGCAGGCGAACACUCUGCCCAAGGUGGGCGUGGGGGCCUUGUAAUCGCCCCAAGCCCUUUGUGGAUGAAAAGGGUCUCCGAAGUCCUUCACAGUCUGACAAACUUCCUUACCAUCAAACACCUCAUCCACGAGUAUUACGAAGUCACGCAAACUGCGGUGAUUGCGUCUCCUUUGAUCCUCAAUGCCCUCGCGGAGAUUGAGAUCACCUUCGAAAGCCUAUCCGACAACGGGACCAGCGAGCACCUCUCUGCACUUAGUGCAUCUAUUAUCCAAAACACGGCAAAGACGUUCCAAAUUCCCAAAGAUGCCACUGGGAAAAUGUUUCACAAAUGCUUCACUGGUUCAUCGCUUCGCUUAGAGAUUAUCGGGAUCAUCUGUGCUCUUGCGGGUCGCGCCAGUUACUUCGGUCUGUCCCGUAGCAGUACCUCCAAUGCCGAGUCGCAAGCUCAUUUUUUUCGCAAAAUGCUCGCCGCUUGUGAUGUUGCUUUGCAUGUAUGCAGGCAUUUGACUAUUUUGAAUGACCUGACCUUAUGGCUCGUGCACGAGAAUCUCCUCCUAUCGAGUUUAUUGUUCAGUGAUUCUAGUUCGAUCACCUGGCAGCGCCUUGGCGAGCUUGCAACGAAUAUAUUUGAAUUGGGCGUGCAUAGAGACACGGCUAGCUCGACGGCACUGCCGCUCUUCAUUCUAGAAUCUCGACGGAGGCUCUUCGCAGCCGCCUAUCAACUCGAUAAAGGUAUUGCGACCUUUCUUGGACGUCCACCACGAAUUUCAUGGCGACACUCAGAUUGUUGUCUCCCGCUCGACAUUAGCGACCAUGUACUAACAGAAGACUUCGAAAACCUGGAGGCUGUUCAGACCUCCCUGGAUCCCCAGGGGUGGAGCAUGAAAAAGGCUUACCAAAGAGCGACCUGGAUACGAUUGCGAUUCAUCGUCAGCACAUUUCGAGAAGAAAUCUUGGAGCUUUCUUUGCAGAAAUCAAGCCCAGAAAGGACCGAUCAAUUGAUGUCUGUAUCUCGUCGCUGCAAUGAAGCCUGGAAUUCGCUGCCCAAGCAUCUUCAUUACACACUGGAGUGCUGGGGAACAGAUCUGCCUACCAGUGUGAAAUUGAUGCUUCUCAUUUCUUACUUAGCCUAUCUGUAUAAUGAGUUUCUGGUCCAGAGCCUUUUGACCAAGGACUCAGGCGAAACGAGUGCCUCCCAGCUUGACGUGAGUGCAACGAUAAUCUCCACCGUCUUGACCUUGGGCCGACAGUGGGAGCGAUCGGUUGCAAUUCAGCGCGAUUUUACCUGGAUAAUUCUUCUUUAUGGGGUUCCAGGCGCCAGCGUGCUUAUUCGAGCAUUGCAAAAACAGGCCCGGACAGGCCAGCCGAUGCUUUACUCGGGAUCGCAAGCCUCUCUCAUUCGCAACCUGAGUGUGUUCAUCUCGCAUCUGGAGCCCAUGGCCCGUCCCGACCAGACAAGCUCUACUUACUUUAACCGGACUGCGGCUAUUUUCACUCGUAUUCUAGAUGAAAUCCUAGAGCCGCGAUUGGAGAUUCCCGCAUCUGAUAGAGAUACUGAGCACAACUUCGACGUCGACUUCGAUAGUCUUUUCUCCAUGGAUCUGGAAGGGAUUCAAUUGCUCGAGAAUACAGAUUUUGGGGCCUCUUUUGGCCAAAUGCUGUGA